AUGGCCGCGUUGCAGCAUGAACUUUCACCUAUUCACAAGGAGCUCCAGGAGUUGCACAUAUCUCUCGACUUUUUUAACAAAAAAUAUGAGGAGAUGAAAGAUGAGAUUAUUAAGUUAAAAAGUGAAAAUGAAUGUUAUAAGAAGUUAACUACUAGAUUGGAAACUAAUAUAAAGGAACUUUCCGAACGAUUAAAUAACACUGAAUUGCAUUUACGCGAAAAAAAUUUGGAGUUUCGUGGCAUUCCGGAGCAUCACAAUGAAAAUUUGUUGAGGCUUAUGGAACAAUGCUCUUCUUUGGUUGGCUCUAAAGUGAAAAAAGAUGAAAUCGUCCUCCAGAGCAUCAAUGGCGACGAUGCUAUAAGUUACGUCCAGGUUAAACGGGAAGGAAAUCUGUGCAUAGUAAAAGGCAAAAUCUGCCCAGAACAUAAAGUACAUGCAAAAUUGUAUGGAGUGACUUUAGUGAUUGAUGAACAGGAAGAGGCAGUAAAAUUAAUUGAAUGUCAUGAUUGUGUGGCUUCGCAAGGAGGAUGUAAACAUGCAAUAGCAUUCCUAAUGUGGGUUCACCGCAGGAGUGAAGACCCUUCAUGUACAUCCAUCGAAUGCUAUUGGAUAAAAUCAAAGCUUUCCAGGGUUGGUACUACUGUUAAAUACAUAACUGCCAAAGACUUAUCCAAGGGUAAGCCUAGCUUAUCAUCAAAUACAGGAGUAUUCGAAAAGUUUUUAGCAGAAGGUAAGAAAAGGAAACUUACCAAUUGUGAGAUAAUCAAAUAUCAAAAAGAUUAUGUUUUUGCUGGACCAGAAGGUUUUUCUAUGGACAAAUUAGUGCAGAAAUAUAAAGAAACAUCCUGUGACACAUUUUUGAGCAGAGUUGUGUUAACUGAUAGUGAUAUCAGCAAUAUUGAAAAAGAAACGAGAGACCAACAUAAAAGCAGCUUAUGGCAUGAAUUAAGAUAUGGAAGAAUAACAGCUUCACGGGCGUACGAAUUCAGUCGGUGCAAAACCAGUGAUGGUACUCUGAUUGCUGUAAUAUUGGGUGGAAAAAUUCCAGACACAACGGCCAUGAAGCGUGGUAGAAUAUUGGAGGAUGACGUUAGAAAUACAGUCAGUGCCAAAUUAGGAAAAAGAAUUAAAAAAUGUGGUUUAAUGAUAGCCAAAAACUACCCUAUGCUAGCAGGUUCACCAGAUGGGAUCUGCGAAAACAGCAUUAUAGAAAUAAAGUGCCCUAUGAGUGAAAAAACCUUUAAAAAUUAUAUAUGUGAUGGGAAACCAAGCCAGAAGUUUUAUGUGCAGAUGCAAUUACAAAUGCUAUUAACAGGGCUUAAAAAAGGCUAUUUUUGUGUAGCUGAUUGCAACUACAGUACUAAUAAGAAAGUACAAAUAUUGGACAUUCAAUAUGAUGAAAAAUAUGUAUCAGAUUUUAUUAAUGUUAUAGUUCCUUUAUGGAAAGAUAAUAUUUAUCCAAUACUACAUCAAAGUAUUUUAUAA